AUGUGCAUCCGUCGCAGAAAAAGGGAUAAGAAGAUUCAAACAGGGCAACAGAAUAAAAAAAAAGCUGGCUGCGCGUCCAGGUGUAGGCAAUGGUUUAGCAGAAAAAUAAGAAGAUACAUCAGGAAGAAAAUUUUUGGUAUUCCUGAUCCAAAGUUCGCUGAUUAUGAAAUUCUUGAAGCAAAUUUAGAUGCUUUAAGAAAUAAGAUUAAAGACUUAGGAACGCCUACAAAAAAUACUAUGAAACUAUCAAAUUUAAAUGAAAAAGAUAUUAAAUUAUUACAAGGAAUGAAGGAAAAUAAGCUAAAAAAAAAGUUUCAACUAACAGAUUCUAAUUAUAAAAUAUUAACGGAGAUGCUUAGAGAUUAUAAAGAAGGUAAAAUAUCUCUAAUAGAUUUAUCAAAGAAGCAAAAAGGACUUGACGAGAUCCGGUUGAAUCGAAUAUUACAAAAAUAUAAUGAAGCAAAAAGAACAAGAAACCUCAUAGAUAUUAAAAAUAGUAGAAACGGAACAAAAAAUAAAGAAAAAUUUAAGAGCAAUGAAAGAAAAACCUUAAAUAAACUAGCCGAGGAUUUAAAGAAAAUGAUUCCCUUAGACUUUGAUCCAGCUAAAAUUAAACUGGACUCAACUAUUGCCAAUAAAUCAGAUAUUAAAAGAAUAUUAUCAGAUUAUGCUGCUAUAGAAAAAGGAAAGAAGGCUCUUUUAUCAAUCUUAGAGAAACCAAAUGUUGAUAAUAUUGUAUCCAGGAGAAGGAUUUUGAGCUUAGUGCAAGAUUUAGAGAAAAUACGGAUCACAUAA